GCUUAGCAACCGCGUCUUGACUUCCAGCUGUUUUGAGCACCAGUGGUGGGAGAUCGACCCCUCAUCUGGUAAAUUUCGCGCUAAAGAAAGUACUCGUGGGUUAAAAACUAGUCUCGUUGGAGUCAAGACUAAUUUGUUUGGCGCUUCAAGUCAAAAGGCAGGAAUCAUGAAUCUGAUGUCUGAACGUGAUGCCCCCUUCUGCUCCAUGGUGCGAGCGUCUGGCCAGGGUGAGAUCUGGACACACACGCACGACGAGCUCAAGUUCACCCAGUUUGGCUGGAGGUCCACCACAAACGAAGAGGGCUACAGGAGCAAAACACUGGUGGGCAACUGGAACGAGCAUCGCUUUGACGUAGACCACCAGCGAGUCCCCAGACGCCUUCCCUCCCAAUACGAACACUACUUCGACACCACCUACGGCAGUACGCUAAGCACCAAGCCCGCAGAGGUACCAGAGUCCUUGAAACACCUUGCAGAACGGGAGCCCAUCGCUUUCCCUGGCAGUCAACCGGAGCUGGACCCACCACUGCUUAAGAACGAGUACAAUUCCUUCCAGACAACAUCCCGGGCAGCGUAUGUUGACCCCAGGGUCAGAAAGGAACCAGUAGUGCCACCAGAAAAUGCUACUCAGGGAGUCGGCAAUAGUCCUAGCAAGAAGUAAAUAGACUUAGCAACACUAAAUAGAUUCUGUACUAGAGUACAUAACCGAGGAAGACCAUGCCAUGUAACAUUAUAUACAGUAAUAUUACUGUAGUCAAUUCCUUCUUUUUUUUGAGAUAUGAAUAUGCCACAAGCAUUCCUCUGCCAAUACAGUACUACAGUACUAGUCCUGAAAAUAAGAGACUAACCAGUGUAUCAGAAAGAAUUGUAAAAGGACUAGAAAAAACUUGUCUAUGUUUACACACAUACUCAUGUAACAUUUAAAGGUACAAUUUUGUAUUACCAAAAUAAAGACACACAUGAUAUGUA